GGAGGGGGGAGGUGGGCGGCGCAGCUGCUGAUGGAGUGCGCGCGGGCGGUGGCGGCGCGCGACAGCGGGCGGGUGCAGCAGCUGAUGUGGAUGCUGAACGAGCUGUCGUCGGCGUACGGCGACCCGGAGCAGAAGAUCGCGGCCUACUUCCUGCAGGGUCUCUUCGCCCGGCUGACCUCGUCCGGGCCGCGGACGCUGCGCACGCUGUCGUCGGCGGCCGACCGCGCCGCGUCCUUCGAGUCGACGCGGCGCACCGCGCUGCGGUUCCAGGAGCUGAGCCCCUGGUCGUCGUUCGGCCACGUCGCCGCCAACGGCGCCAUCCUGGAGGCCUUCCUGGAGGGCGGCGCGCAGCGGCUGCACAUCCUCGACCUGAGCAGCACCUUCUGCACGCAGUGGCCGACGCUGCUGGAGGCGCUCGCCACGCGCUCCGCGGACGACACCCCGCACCUCACCAUCACCACCGUCGUGCCGCCGGCCCUGCAGCGCGUGAUGCGGGAGAUCGGCCAGCGGAUGGAGAAGUUCGCCCGCCUCAUGGGCGUCCCCUUCCGCUUCUCCGCCGUCCACCCUCCCCCCUCCGCCGCCGGGGGGCUGGCGGAGCUCGACCUCGACUCCCUCGACCUCCGCGGCGACGGCGCCCUCCUCGCCGUCAACUGCGUCGGCGCGCUGCGCGGGGUCUCCCCCGAGAGAGAGAGAGAGAGAGGAAGAUCAAAAAUAGGUGGAGAUAUUAGUAGUAGGAGAAAAGGGGAAAGAGAAAGGGGAAAAAUUACCCAUAAGGAAACCAGACCCAACUAUCGCACCAGCGAUUUUUAUGAUAGAAAUAUUGAUAUCUUCUUAUUGAUUUUUUAA